AUGGUUCAUUAUCAGGGAUUAACAGCACAGAUACAGAAAGAAGCAUUCUCAACACAGCUUAUUCAGCUUUGGAAAGGUCUUUUGGCCUGUAAAGAGCCAGUAACUUUCAAAAGACAAAAAGAUAUUCUUAUUUUGACAAAAUUUGUAUUGUAUAGAGCGACAAGCACCAAAUUUCACAAACAGAUAGAUAUUAUAUAUGUAAGUGGUCAAUAUGAACACUGUCAAAGAAACCUGCUCAUCAAUCGAGUCAUUGACUCUCGAGUAGAGGUUGGAGCAUUGAAGACUCUCAAUAUUGAGAGCCUACUCAGAACCCAUGUCCAUUCUUUUGAUAAAGUCCAGAGUUUAAGUCAUGUAAUUAAGAGUAUCUACAGUGGUAUUAUUUAA